AUGACUAUCAAUAGUUUUGUUAAUACUAGGCGCCUGUAUCACCCAAAUGCAGUUCUAUUCAGCUGUCAACUUCGAAGAAUCACCAAUGCUGCUGUGGAGUUACAGUAUCUGAAUUUCUGUUUUGAUAUGAGAUCCGACGAACUCAAUUUCCUUGGAGUGCGACAAAUCGACUACGCCUUGAUAAUAAAUCCAGUUCCAAGGCACAAAAAAUAUCUCGAAGAUGUUCUCAGAGAUGCGAACGCCAAACUAAUGAAAUACAAGGAACAACUUUCAAAAUUAUCUCAUGAAAACCAGGUCCUCCGGGCGGCAUUUGAUCAGCUUCAGUCAAACUUUCCGGCUUCUGAUUUUUAUCCGAAUGCAGCCGAAUUGCUGACAGAGUCUGUCUUCUGUAGUGUUUUGCUUCAUGAAGAGUACAGUCAGCGGCUGCGACUCUUGGGAGGCCCCGCUCAAGAACCCCAACUGCGUGCUGCGUCCCUCAGCCUGGGUGCUCCUCGUUCAUUGCAUCGGGGGCAGUCUCACAUCGACUUUUCCGCUCGUGAAGCAACAGAGGACCUGCAAGUCCUCCCUGGUGAAAAUUUUUCCUGCGUGGAAAUGAGCCCCGGUGGGCCUUUACCACGAGACCAAGUGGACUUGUGUGCCGUUGAGGCGACAGAGGACUUGGACGUAGUUGACUUACUGCACAAAAAGGCAGAUGGAUCCGCCGAAACCUCUUCGCUCCGUGUUGAAUAUCCCUGUGCGCCAAACUUUUCCGAGUUGCGACUGCUGGACCCCCAGUUACUUGGCUGUGGACUAAUUCUAGUCACCUCUGCCUAUGUCUUUGUUGCGCAGUUUGAGGUGGGUGAACAGGAGAUGUCGGAAUGCAUCGAGAAGUAUCGCCUACCCAACGCCCUUGACCUCUCUCCCAGCGCGAACGACUCAAUCCCAGAUCUUUCUCAAAUGAUCGUCACGAUAAAGCCAAGUAAUACAAACUACCGUGCCAGAUUGUGA